UCCAGUGAUUAAUCCCACACGGUAUAGUUCACAUACCCUGCUCAUCCAACCUACUGAAGGUGAGAGCAUGGCACAGGUGGAGGAGUCUCAAACAGAGGGAGAGGGAAGCCCCCAGCUGAUCUCCUUAAGAUCAAACAUAUCAGGGAACCAUGUGGACGAUGGAGAAGCGGGGCCUGCUAUGAGGAGGAAGAGGAGGAAGAAGAAAGACCCACGUCCGGAGUCCAUUAUUGUUUACCGCUCUGAAAUGGAGAGGGUGCCGGGAGAGGACCAGGGCAGUGAGGAGGGUGCAGAGAGGAGCUCGGAGGAGGGAGCUAAAUUCCUCUCCACACCUACAGGCGAAGGAGGAGGAUGGAGUCUGCCUCCAGACAGCCGCUACGUGACCCUGACAGGCACCAUCACCCGGGGGAAGAAGAAGGGCCAGCUGGUGGACAUUCACCUCACUUUGACGGAGAAGGAAAUCAGGGAUCUGGCUAAGUCCAAAGAACGUCUUGAUGCAGAGUGCGAGGCGGGGGACGGCGCUAAACGUAACUGCAGCCUAGGUGUGUGCCAGGGCCCCCAUGUCGUCCUGUGGAGCCUCUCCUGUGCCCCCGUGAUUUUCCUCCUCUCCUUCAUCACUUCCUUCUACUACGGCACCUUAACCUGGUACAACGUCUUCCUGGUGUACAACGAGGAGCGGACGUUCUGGCACAAGAUCACGAUAUGCCCCUUCCUCAUCAUCUUCUACCCCAUGCUCAUCAUGCCCAUGGCGCUGUCUCUGGCUCUGUACUCCGCCGUGGUGCAGGUGUCCUGGGCCUUCAGCGAGUGGUGGCAGGACGUGAGAGACCUGGAGAAGGGCUUCUGCGGCUGGGCCUGUGGGAAGCUGGGACUGGAGGACUGUUCGCCCUACAGCAUAGUAGAGCUGCUUGACUCGGACACUGUUUGUGGCACUCUGCAGAGCAAGGCCCCCAGUGAACUCGCCCAGACGUCCUCGGUGUGAUUUGGGGGGUGUACACCUAAGUCUAAGUGAUAUGACAAAACAUGCUAGAUCGUUCAAGUCAGUCACAGAAAAGCCCUUGAAAGAUGUUUACCUUUUCUGUCAAUGAAAACCUACCAAACACUGCCUGAACUGUCCUGAAAUGCUGAACUAUUGUGUAUGACUUUGUAAAACAUUAUUGGAUUCAGAUCACUAUAAAGGAUUCCUCUUAGCAUGGAAAUGUUAAUGUUGGGCAUUACUAUUAGAUUGUCAUUGGUAAUAGAG